AUGAAUCUUUAUUAUUUGCUUCCCUAUAGAAUUUCGUAUGAUCCCACAAGAUACCCUAAAUACAUCCCUGAAGCGUACUGUCUGUGCAAAGGCUGCCUCAUGGGGAUCUUUGGCGAGGAGAAUUUUCACUUCCGCAGCACCCCUGUGUACAUGCCGACGGUCAUCCUCCGUCGCACGUCGUCGUGUGCUGGGGGCCGUUACGUCUACACAGAAGAUUACGUCACUAUCCCAGUGGGCUGCACUUGUGUACCUGAGCAAGAAAAAGAGGCUGAAAGCGUAAAUUCCAGCAUAGAUAAGCAAGAAAUGAAGUUGCUGGUAAGCCAGAACAAGCCAUCAUCAGAAUGA